GAAGCAAGUUUGACAGAUGUAUUGAAAACAUCACACACAAAACAUGCUCAACUGAUGCGUACCACCAAAUUUUGUAAAUAAUGGCAUUGUAUCAUCGCUGUUAACUUCUAUGUUUGUCCAUCUACUGCUCAAAUAUCAACAAAAAUAGUUCACGAUGAUUGUAACGGAAAGUGUCUAUCAGCUCAUCAACGAAUUGUGCUCGAGUUUACAUCAGGCCGACCAAUUCCACUCCAUCAAACAAUCAAAGUUGAAGACCUUGAAAGGUCGGAUGCACGAGACAAUACUCAAAACAUCACCGAACAGCAAUUCGACGGAUUUGCACGAAUUGUAUUUGCAUGAAUUGGAGUGCAAAUUGAAUGGUCAUGAUGCCGUUAAAUGCUCGGCGUUGGAGGAUUGCUGUCGAUUGGUCGAACGUGAUGAAUAUUUUCGAUCGGAAAGUGGGCAAUCUGUGAUGGCAUUUUUGUUGAAAUUGAGGAAUACUGGGAAAUGUGUUGAUCAGAAUGAGCGCUCGAUGCCGCACUAUUUCUUUAAUUCGUCGACGGCCUUGCAAAGUCCUUACUUCUUUCUACCGCCUGAUAUGCUUCGGUUUAGUGAAGACAUGCGAGGAGUUAUGCGAUUGCGAAGAGGAAACAGUGCCUGUGAGAAGAGCUACUUUGGCAUUCCUGUCGAGAAUCAAUCGGAGAAACUACUCAUCACGUCACUCUCGUGUUCGGAAGACGAGCGCCGGAAGGGCAGUUGUUUCCCUCCAAGCAUGCACGAAAGAACUGAAACAUCCCGUUCACCAGCUAAAGCACCCAUCGAUUCGACAAUAAUCAGAUGCGGCAGAUGGGACAAUCUAGGCCAACCAAUGGAUUAUUUGAAUGCAAGAUUUUCCAGUGAAGUCGAUUGCACCAACCAAUUGCUGGCGAUCUCAUCCCGCUCACCGUUCGAAGUGAAAUUCGUUCAGUUGUCGCAAUUCAUUGCCGAUGUUAAGUUGCUCCUGACUGGCAUCCCAUCGGACUCGUUCCAUUUCGACGACAAGACACUCACAUUCCGGAUGGAAGAGAACAUCUCCGUGGAUAACAUUUCACCGGAAACAAUGGAAAGUUCAGUGUUACCAUUUCUGGAGUGCGGUUGCUGCUAUCGUCGUUUACAGUUGCUGCUGUCCCGCAAUCCGGUCGAUUUCAAACACAAAUUCGACGGAUUCGUUUUCAAGACAUUGUGCACCGGCGUCACCACAUUUCUGAUGGCUUUCAAUCAGUUCGUUUACAUGUUUGACGAUACGUUCAUGGCACAACUCUUGCUCCGAAUGACGUCCAUGAUCCAGCAAAUUGAAAUUCUGUCACACAUUUUACGCGUCCAUCCGAAAUCCAACGUUCCGAUGGAAAAAGCAUUGGCCGUGCUGCCCAGGGGAUCGGAAUUUCUCAACUAUUUGUACCGAAAGUUCGUGGCGGUGACGCAGAACGAUUUGGCAAUGUUGUUGUUUACCAUUCUGAAGGAGUGUUGCACCGUCUAUUUCAAGAAAUUCGAGACGUGGAUCUUUCACGGCUUCAUCGAAGAUCCGUACAAAGAGCUGUUCAUCGAAUUCGUUGACUUUUAUCAGCCGAAUACCAAGCACUUUUGGGACAAGGCGUACACCAUAAAACGGCAAUCAGUUCCUAGCUUCUUAAUGGGAUGUGAAGAUUCAGCACUGCUGUGUGGAAAAUACACGAUGCUACUGAAGACCAUCAAGCCGGCGCACCCUUUCCUAACCAUACCAGUACCGUCGAUUCGAGUGUGUUUCUCACAACACCAAAUCGGUGAACUGCGAGACAUUUGCCGUAAGUACGUUGAAGAUGCACAGAUUGUGUGCGGACCCGCCAUAACCGUUCGCCAGGUAUACCAACAGAAGUCGAUGAAACGACUGGAAUUCCAGCAGCGAUGCGCCGUCCGUUUCCAAGAGAAUCUUCAACAAUGGCACGAGGAACAAACGCAGAAGCGAAUCAAGGACAAAUCGAACAAGGAGAAACACCGCAAAAUUCUGGAGGAACAAAUCGAGGAAAUCCGUGAACGAAAGAUCCAGAAACGAAUGGAGAAUUUGAACAUAGAUCGGGAAUAUUUGCGUCAGCAAGAAGUACUGGAAAAUGAGCGUAUUGCCGAGGAGAAUGCACAGCGGCAAAAGACUGUGGAAUAUUACGAAGAGUUGGGUCGCAUAGUCAACGAGCAACAGCAACGAGUCACUGAUAAAAUUCAAAAGCUUUCUGACGAAUUGAAGUCGAAGUCGAAUGAUGGCGAAGACGCUGACAUUGAAAAUACUCAGUCUCCAGUCGAAGAAUUAGGUGAUUUUGGAGACACAACUGUCGUAAAAAGUUCUAUAGACAACGCCAACACCGAGCUGAGCAUUGACACCAACCUGAAGAAAAGCGCAUCCGAUUACUUCAACUCAAAUGACAUUCACUCCGAAUUUUCCACUAACAAGGCCAAAGUCAUGGGAUCAACCAUAGAAUUUAAUGACACCGCCGUGAUAACUGGAACGGAAACUAUGGGAAAUCAAGUCGUGAUUGAUAACCGGACUAUUUCCAUCCACCGAGAUGCUAAUUCCAAUGAGCUUCAUCCAACACAAACAGAACGGCAAAGAAACAAAGCUAAAGUUCUGCAAAGUGAAUUUGAUAUACGUCCGAUUGUCGUUAAAAUUGAUACGGAAGGGAAGGAGGUGUCGAACAGAGAAUUCCAGAAAAAUCAACAGAAAAGUGGGGCUCAUACCGACAUUUUUCGCAAUGAAACGGUUGAUGAGCUCCAGAGGAAUCGUCAUCGUGUACUAACAGAAGAGUUUGGCUACGCUGGCAAUGCUGGUACAAACCAUCGGAACAAACCCACUAUUACACCGGUGGACUGGAAGCCGAUCAGAACCAGCAUGAGCUUAGACUUCUCUAAAUCGGCUCCGAAUGAUCUGGACGCUCCCACUCCAAUGUCUAUCGAUACGCCGACCAUUCACGAAGAAAUGGAGGCGGUCAAUGAUUCUUCAUUGAAAAUUAUACUUCCCCGAUCGGAAAAGCAGUUGCAACAGAGUCUGGAUACACUGGAUGGAAACGAAGCAACGCCGGACAGUGCGCUGAACACAUGUGGAAUACUAAAGAAGCACGGGUUUGUCUUUGAGACAAUCGUGGAAUCGGUGCCGGUACAUCAAGACUGCUAUAAGCUUAGCUUUUCGCCGUCAGCUGCUCAUAAAAACCAUUCGUUUUUUGCGCUGCCCAAUUCCAACUAUGACGACGAACCGGGUGAAAAUGCGCUGAAUUUAGGUGACAUUGAAAAUGUCAGUACGACAACGCUGGGCAAUUUUCUGAAACUGUCGUUCGCCAUACCAGUCCAUGCCCGCCUAUCCAUACUCAACAAUGAAAUUUUGAAAAUAUUCCUCGAAGAUCUGGACAUACUCAGCCACUUGAAAAGCCUGCGCAAUUUCUUCUUGAUGAUGGACGGUGAAUUUUCCAGCUACAUCAGUGACGGUCUAAUCACUCGACUGGAAUGCACCAAGAGUCCAACCGAAUUGUUCAAUUUCCAAUUUCUGCAUUCCAUUCUGCACAACGCGCUCAACUCCAGUGUGUAUGGAAACGAUCAGAAUGCCGAUCGGUUGUCGUUCUUGAUCGCCGAUGUUCCGCAAAAUUUCGAUUUGGGAUCGCCGAAUGUGUUGCGAACGUUGAAUUUGAGUUAUCGAACGGAUUGGCCGUUGAAUCUGGUACUGACACCGGAAGCAAUGAAUCAUUACGCUAGCAUCUUUCAACAUUUGCUGAAACUGAGGCGUAUUAGUUGGGUGCUGGAGCAGUGCUACCAGAUUCUCAAAGAAGUGGGCAAAACGUCCCCAACCAAAAACAUUUACUCGUCACCGCAAUACCGACACGUUCAACAAAUCCGCAGCAAACUGUUGACGUUCGUAAACGCGCUGCAAAAUCAUAUCACAUCAACGGCAUUACAGGGUUCAUGGCGGGCAUUCAAAAUUGACUUGGAAUCAACGAGAUCCAUUGAUGAUCUCUAUCACAAACAUGCCAAGUACCUGAAACGCGUCAAAUUCCUUUGUAUGCUGAAUAGGCGCAGCAGUGAAUUCUUCGUCAAAUUGGAGGAUGUGCUGAUCGUCAUUUUGCGGUUUUAUUAUCAAUUGAAGCAGCGUUCGUGGCGUCCCGACAACACUCAUCCGAAUUUCGACAAGUUCCUGAUAAUUGAACAAGAUUUCGAGAAGUUGGUCAAAUUCAUCAUUCGAAUCGGAUCGAAAAUAUCGCGGUGCGGCUAUCAAACGGAAAUCGGAGACUUAAUCAAUGUCAUCAAUUUCAAUGGAUUUUAUGAUUGUGGUGCCAGUCAAAAGUAAAUUGUUGAUUUGGCAACCAAGAUGUGUGUGCACCAAAAAUGGCAAACCUGUUCGCUGUGAUUCUUUUUUUGUGUUGUUUCCUUUCGUUAGAAAUAAGUUUCACUCAAAAUUUUUGUUGAUUUUAGCUUAGAUUAAUUUUAGUUUGAAAUCUCAAUUGUGCCUGCUUUUUUGAACAUAAUUCCUAGCUUAUUUUACACGUUUUGUGCGUUACGAUUGUUAUGUUGUAAAUUAAAGUAAAUGUUUAAUAACUCGC